AAUAAACUAAGUUAAAAUUACUUAGUAAAAAAAAAUAUGUAGAUGUUGUAAUAAUAGCAUUAAAGUUGUCAUAGCUCUAAAUAGCAUGAGGGUGAAGCCUAUAUUUGAACACAAGACUUUUAGUUAGUGUAACACUUGGUCUUUAGAGACAAAUGUCUGCCUUUACUUAUUGCUUCUCUCUGUCCUGCAUGUCCUUUUCUUUGCCUCUAGAAUUUAGAGAUAAUUUGGAUGGUGGUUAUUCCAAGAUAAAUCUUCUCCUGGAAUAAUUUUGCUACAAUGGUUUUUUAAAUUUCAUUAUUUGAUUUCAUGUAUUAUUUAUAUUGUUAUUGUUUUUAAUCCACAAAGCUGGUGUCACGUGAUGCUGGAAGUGCUCCUUUGUUUUUUCUUCCUCUUCCUCUUUCAUUGUGUGCUUAGUGAAAUGUAACGGUAACAUGAGCACGGUCUCCUCUACUGUGUUUUGGUGGAUUAUAAUCUCUGUGUGGAUGUUGAUGACUUCCAGAGGAGAUACUGAGGUUUCCUGUGUUUUAAUGCAGAAAUGCAUGCUGCCAUGCAGUUCCCAGGAUGUCACUCAAAUUAUCUCCAGUCCAAAAAGUCAACAUUCAGCAAACUGGAAACCAGAUGACCUGCAGCUCAGAGGGACUCUACCCUAAACCUAAUCUCACCUGGACCACCAGCCCUCCAUCCAACAUGUCCCUCCAGUAUAAAACCACAGCCCAGGAGACUCAACAGCUUCUUUACAACAUCAAUAGUUCUCUGAUGGUGUCAGAGAGAGUUAAAGAUCUGGACUACAGCUGCACUAUCAGCACACACAGAAACAGGAAGCGAGCCACUUUGAGUCGAGCAU